AGAGUUGAGCGGAGCGGUCCUGGAGCUCGGUGGAGCGGAUUUAAGUUCAGGAAAUUGAACAUUAAGGAAGAGGACGUUGAUUUGAAGUGUAACGUUUCGCAAAAACGACAUGUUUACAUUCAGAAGGUAGCCGUGGCUUGCAGAGAACUUCAAUGCACUGUUAUGUGGCACAGUGUCUGUACCGUAUUUCUAUUUCACGCGUCAACGUUGAAGCCGUCCAGAGUCAAACGAUGAGCUACCUGAGACACGGCAAACAAUUCAAAUCAGUUUGCUGGCAUGUGAGUCACACUAGGAUGUUCAGUGUUACCAAGAGCAGCAGGACCAUAAUGCCCGCCUGGGUCAUUGAUAAAUAUGGAAGCAACGACGUGUUGCGGUUCACUAGAAACGCCGGUUUCCCCGUCAUCAACUACCCCAAUGAGGUCAUCGUCAAAGUGCUGUCAGCAGGACUGAACCCGCUUGACGUCAGCAUGAGAGAUGGCUACGGCGCCGCAGCGCUUUCUAUGAAGAGAGACCCUCUGAACAUCAAGCAGUCGGGCAGCGAGUUCCCCCUCGUCCUGGGGAGGGAUGCGUCCGGGGUCAUCAUGGAGUGCGGCCUGGAUGUGAAGCACUUCAGAGAGAGGGAUGAGGUGUGGGCGGCCAUCCCGCCGUGGAAGCAGGGCAGCUUGGCUGAGUUUGUGGUGCUGAGUGCCAACGAGGUAUCCCACAAACCAAAGUCACUGAGCCACGUAGAGGCAGCCGCCGUUCCCUAUGUGGCAACCACCGCCUGGUCGGCACUGGUCAACACCGGCGGGCUCAACAAGGACAACUGUGCCAAGAAGCGGGUUCUGAUCCUCGGAGGGUCUGGGGGAGUGGGAACAUUUGCCAUACAGAUGCUGAAGGCCUGGGGAGCCCAUGUGACCGUGACCUGCUCCCAGAAUGCCGAGCGGUUUGUGAGGGACCUGGGUGCCGACCACGUGGUGGACUACACCGCCGGGCCUGUCGAGGAGCCGCUCAGCUCGCUGGAGAAAUUCGACCUGAUCCUGGACAACGUUGGCGGGGACACGGAACGCUGGGCCCUCAAUCUGCUUAAGCCCUGGUGCGGCGCCAAGUUUGUUACCCUCAUCACGCCGUUCCUCCAGAACAUCGACAGCCUGGGCAUUGCAGACGGCAUGAUGCAGUCUGCUGCCACGGGGGCCACUAAAAUGCUCAAGCACCUUGUCAAAGGAGUUCACUACCGCUGGGGCUUCUUCGCACCCAGCGGUCCUGCCUUGGAUGAAAUAAGGGAAAUGGUGGAUGCAGGACAGAUUCGGGCUGUGGUGGAGGAGACUUUCAGCUUUUCCCAGGUUCCUCAGGCCUUUGAGAAGAUGGAGAAAGGUCACGCUCGUGGAAAGACCGUGGUGCAGAUCAGCAAAGGGGGAGAAGACUUGUAGCACUGCCUGUUGGAGACGCUGUACAUCUUUGUGUACAUAGGAAAUGUGUGUGUGUGUGUGUGUGUGUGUGUGUGUAAAAUGCUGUUGUAUGCUUUUGAAUGGAAAAGUAAAAUAAUCUGAUUAAAGUAACAUCAUUUUA